AUGGAGGGAUUCAUCAAUCAGGUCAUGGGCAUGGCCUACAUGUAUCCUGACACUCCACGAAUGGUGGUUUUUUGGCUAGGACCUUUGCCAGUAGUGAUGUUGUACUCACCUCGACUUGCCGAGAAAAUCUUGACCUCUAGCAAACAUCUGAGCAAAGGUUUUGCCUACAGCUACCUCGAGGCAUGGCUAGGACAGGGCAUUAUUACA